AUGGCGCCCGCACAGCCUGAGCUCAAGAAGUACCUCGAUAAGCGCCUGUUUGUCCAACUGAAUGGCAGUCGCAAGGUCAUUGGUGUCCUGCGCGGAUACGAUGUCUUCCUGAACGUUGUUUUGGACGAUGCGGUCGAAGAGAAGGACGGCGGUGAAAAGAUCAGACUUGGCAUGGUGGUCAUCCGUGGCAACUCGGUUGUCAUGCUGGAAGCUAUGGAACGCAUCGGUGGCGACGACCGACAACAUCGAUAG